AAAUUAUUUACCGCUGCAACUAAAACGUAGAUAGUCUUAGAUAGCAUUCAAAUAUAGUUAUUAAAUAUAUCGGUAGACAAUUAGUAUGGAUGGUGACAGAUCGGAUAACAUGGUUGCAAGAAGUCGGCAUAAGAAGAAAGCAGGCCAAAAAGAAAAAAUGGAAACAAAUAAAAAGGAAAUCUUAAACGACAAAGCCAAAGCGGUCACUGGCGAUCGGGAACCAGCAGCAAAGCCUGAGAAUGAAAAUGAAAAGGCAUAGAAAAACUUGUUACUUGUUCUUGAGUUCUGAAUGUUCUUGAUAUUUCUCUAUUAGAUUGUAUUUGUAUUCUAUUUGAAGACUAAUUUUAAAGACUAAUUAGGCCUAAUUGCCUAAUUAUUAAGUCAGAAACUUCCUCAGUCCUCAGCUAGUGACUGGAAGAGUGAAAGUAGUAAGCUACUAAUACUAAUACUAUUACUAUGAAUUAGUUUAUUAAACAAACAAAAUGCAAAAUUUCUACACUACAAUGAUAUUAAUUGUUGCUUGAUCUUACUGACACUGUUAACUGGGGGGUGCUAAGCCAGUGCUUCUCAAAAUGGUGGUCCUACGAUCAAUCUCUGUCAUAAAGCCAAUCUUUGGCGUGCAGAAGGCAAAAAGGCGGAAAAAUAUCAGUUAGUAGGUCUGAAGUCUAAAUUGGGCUCCGGUUGCUGCUGCAAUGUAGAUGCAUACCUCCAGCCCAUUUUUACUGAAAUUUUGAGAAGUAAUUGUUUAAAAUAUUAAUAAAAUUUAGUUACAGUUACAGUUACAGCUACAGGAAAAUUGAAACCUGAAAAAUAAAAAAUUUGAUUGACAUUGAUUUGAUUCUUGGAUGUUCAUCACAAUAAUCACAUUCAUAAAAAUUGUCCAACUUAAUCAUGCAUCAAAAUCUUAGUUAACUGAGGCUGAUUUAGCAUCUCAAACACUUCAAAUAGACAGUGAGGAUUAUUACUAGAGGAAGGCAGGAAGGGGCUUGAAAUAUAAAUUUAGAUUCUGACUCAUUUUUGUGUAUCAUUCAUGUCAUAGUCAUAUAUCAUUUUUUUAAAUCUAAAUCUGCUUAAAAUCAUAUUAUUUUAGUGUGACACCUAGGGUUUGACUCUGAGAAUAAUUGGCACCUUAUAUAAAAGUAAAAGCUGAUAAAAUGCUUCUUAAAAUUGCCUUGAAGUUGCAUUUCUUAAAAAUCAGUUGAAAUAAAAUAUCAGAUUUACAAGAGAUAAUAAAAAGUUGAUAUGCAACAUCUGUUAUGUUUUUUUUUUCUUUCCAUUUAAUAAACUAUAUACUAACAAAUUGGCUAUUUAGACCUGGAGACGAAUGAGAGGUUGAGUUUAUAAAAAAAAUAGUGGCAAUUCUGACCUGGAUCCCUUGAGGCUAAAUGCCAUUCGAAUGUCAUUUGUUGUAGAUUAUUUUAGUUAAACUGAAGAAUUAAGUUUACAAACAUAUAGUCUAUUAUAGUUCAUUCAAUUAUCUUUAAUUUGAUACCAAAUUUUGUCUUACAAACCCAACAAUAAUAUUUUUUAAUAAACCCAACCUCUCACUCAUCCCGGGGCCGAAUAGCCGCUGCCAUAUACUAAUUCAAACAUUAUUUAUUUUUUAAAUUUCAGAGCACAUCUUUAACUGAUGUAAGUUCUAAACAACUGUUAGAAAAUGGGACAAAAUUGGAUUCCAAUGCUCAAGAUUUACGUGGCUCAUACUGGCUUACCCGGAUGGUUAUAGUUCGAUACAUGGGUUUCAUCUAUUGUAAUUUCCAUUUCAUCUCUAAAAUGUUUCAAUUUAAAAGUAUUUAAAAGUUAAAUCAGUUACUCAUAAGGUAAAUAAUAAAAAAAAUAAAAAAACUGGUACCUUUAAAGAUUUUGUGACUAGAAAUAUAGUCAUUCUUAUUUAAUAUAAUUCCUUAGUUUAUAUAUAAUUCCUUAGUUUAUCUUAUCAGUGGAGCAAUUGAACAAUGUCAUCUUUUGUGGUAAAGGGAGAACAUAAACGAUAUCACACAGCUAGAAAAUUGGGAGAGGGGUGUUCUAAAAUUGUGACAAUAUGUGAUCAGGGUGUCUAAAUAUUGUAACAUAUCUGUGGUGAUGGAGGGGUGGGGGUAAAACAAUGGCCAGACAAGUGUUACAUCAUUAAAGGAUGCCCCAUAGCUUGUAAUAGGACUAAAGUUCAUCUAUUAAUAUUGUUUAACUUGUAAUAUGGGUAAACUUGAUAUUGCACUUUUGUUCCAUUUGUAAUAUGGGUAAAGUCCAUCUAUUAAUUAAUUUUUUUUUGUUCAUAGUUGUGGCAUAUUCAGUUAGCCUUAACUCUAACAAGCAGCUGCUUGGAAAGGAUGGCCUGCUGCCUGCAAAUCAGUAUCUAAAUAAUAUUCGCAGUCACGUUGGGUCUUCAAGUUGGUGGUCACUCGUCUCAGCUGCACCAACACUUUUGUGGUUUGUAGAUUAUGAAACUCAUAUCGACUGGUGGCUUGACACAAUUGCAUGGGUUAGUACCAUAUUGACUUGUGACAGAGAUCAUAUUGAUAGGCAAAAAUUGUUUCAUUUACAUUGUUUCCUCAAAUCCUAGCAUAACUAAGAACUAUUAAGCUAUUUAAAUUUUUUUAAUAUAAAUCUUUGUGUGAAUAGGCAUACUUAGAAGAAAAAUUUUGAUGAAUUUUAUAAGUCAAAAUUCUCCUAUUUUUUCUCUACACCUUGAAAAAUGUAUUUUCAAACCUACAAAACAAUUGAAGACCUUAGUGCUAAAAUGAUGCAAUUCACAAAAUACCCAUUUUAAGAAAAUCCAGUUCAAAUAUUUUUUUUUCUAUAAAGUUUGAACAUUCUUAUUUUUUGGCUUGUUUAAAUAGGGGGCUUAUGGUACAUUUUAAUGUGUUCAAAUAUAUGUAGUACACUUUGCUAAGCCAAAUAAGAAAAGUUCACAGUUCAAAUUGAUUUUAACAAAAAUGUGACUUAAGUACUUUUAGCACAAGGAUCUUUAACUUUAAUUAUUCUAAAUUAUAGCCCAAAUGUUUUGGACUAUAAUAUUUAGGACUACUUGCAAUAAAAAUAUAAAAUUGUAAGGAUAGUUAAGGACAGUUUUUUUUCUUAUAUUUUCUAAACAAAAAUGAUUAAUUGUUGCAAUGUUCUUUAGGUUGGACUUGCCAUUGCAGUUUUCAUGAUGAUGACUGGUGCAGGGAACUGGCCACUACUUCUUUUAGAAUGGAUACUUUAUCAUUCACUGGUCAGUGUUGGGCAGCAAUGGUAAGUCUUAGGGUUGUCUCGUUUUAUUUAGCAGCUGAUUCAAGAUUUUAAUUCUUUACUUCACUUAAUAAAGGAGUCAGCAUCUAAAACUAUUCAAACAUUAUUAUACUGGAAUGUUGCCAUAAUUUCUAAAAAUCUCUACAUACUUUUAAACAAUUUUUUUUUAAAAAUCCUGUUCUAGAUGGAUUUUUCUUUCUCCUCAGGUUUUCAUUUGGUAAGUGUUUAAACUAAAGUUACUAUGGUAGAGUGUCUAAAUUACAAUCAUACGUGUGGCCACUAUUAAACUCUGAAAAAUUAGGCUCAUGAGGAAGUCAAAAGUUUGUAUGAAGCCUCUCUAAAUUAAGGAAAGGUGACUUUAUUUCAAAUAUCCAAAAGACUUUCAUUAUUUUACUAAAAAUGAAUACAAAAGUUCUACAUUUUUUAAAGUCAGCCUUCUUAUUUAUUUUUUCAAUCUUUGUACUGGUAUGUCACACAGGGUGGGAGAGCCAAGUGUUGGAGACUGGAUUCCUCACAACAUUUUUAUGUCCAUUGCUGUCUUUAGCAUCUGUCCCUAAAUCCACGCCACCUUCAAAGAUCAUCAUUUUUGCAUAUAGAUGGCUCAUUUUUAGAAUUAUGCUGGGAGCGGUAAGUGGUUAACUCUGUCUGCAUUGAAACGAUACCUUAUUUUCUCAACAGGAUUAAGUAAGCUUUUUAUACAGGGGCAACAAAAUUUUCAGAAUGAGUUUUUCAAUUUUUUCACAUGUAUUUAAUGUGUACACAUCCAGAUUUCUAUACCCUUCUAGUAAUUGCAGUACUACUAAUCUUAAAAGAUAUCAUCAUUAUAUUUUUAAUCAUAGAAAUAGGCAUGAGUAAUUUUUUUUAUGCCUUCUGUCUGGAUGAAUGUGGAAUUUGACAAAUUAUCACAAAUGUAGAGCACCAAAAAUUUAGUUUUAAAAGAAUGAUAUUGCAAGACAUUUUUUACAAAAAUUACUUUCUCUUCCCUUAGGGACUUAUAAAAAUAAGAGGUGAUAAGUGUUGGCAUGAUUUGACUUGUAUGAAUUAUCACUAUGAGGUUUGUAUUUAGCAUCACAGGAGUCUUAAAUUAAUUGAACAAAAUAAACUAUAAGUACCAUUAUCGGGGAAAUAAAAUUAUUCAUACUUGAAUAUGACAUUUUUUUCUAUGAUAAAAGACCUUCAGGUCUCUAGUGACUUCUGUAAUGUUUAUCUAAGAUACAUGGCACCCUUGCUAUUUUAAGAUUUAAAUUAUUCCAAGCUUAUGAACGUCUACAUUGCUACAUAUUUUUUGUUUCAAUCUUAGACUCAACCUGUGCCAAACCCACUGAGCUACUACUUGCACCAGUCACCAGAACCAAUCCACAAGUUUGAGGUUCUAUCCAAUCACUUCGUUGAACUCGUGGCACCUUUCUUGUUGCUGUUGCCGCUACGUAGACCGUGCAUGAUAGGGGGAGUGAUCCAAAUUAUUUUUCAGGCAAGGGUUAUAACUUAAAACUUUAAGUUCAUGUAUAGCAUUCAAAUGGUCUGUUAGGGCACAGUGCUGUUAACAGAUGUCUAUAUUAUCUUGGCGUUAAAAAAAAAAUUGCAGAAAUCUAUAACAGUAUCAAAAUGUUUGUUAAGGUGAACAAGUUUAAAAUUAUUUUAGAACAAAGGGGCAUCCUAUAGUUAAGAGGUUUUAAGUGUGGUCAGUGUGAUAAAUUAUAAAGGUAGAUCUAAGUGUAUUGCUACUUACAUUAUCACUCCCAGAACAUGGCUGGCAAAUUUAUAUUUUUAAAAUACUCUUGUUUGCAUUGCUGAACUCAAACCCUAAAACAAAAUUACAAUUAGACAAGAACUUCAACAACCUACUGGUGAUUACAAAAAAUAAUAACAAAGUAAUUUUUAUCCUUAAUUUUUUUUUUUAGGUUGUGCUAAUCAUCAGUGGCAAUUUAAGCUUCUUAAACUGGUUGACAAUUCUGCCCAGCCUGGCGUGUUUUGAUGAUGCAAGCCUCUCUUGGUUGUUUUCAAUGCCAGUCAAGUCAGCAGUUGGCCAGGUAAACCUACAGAGGAAGAACCAAAACAAGGGGCCUCUAAGUAAGUGCCAAAGUUGCUGUUAUGUAUUAAAAUGUUUGAAAAGAAUUUAUAAUUUUAAAUGGUCUAUAAAAAAUGGAACUAAAGUAAUAUUUUGAAUGAAAUAAUGUUUAUGAAAAAAAACUACACCUUAAAUAAAAGGAUAAUUAAUUCAUUGCGUAAUUAUUUUGAUGUCUACACAUCAAUUUUAUUAAUAACUUACAUAGUGGUUAGACAAGUGGUUAGAAUUUUGUACGAAAUUAUGAUGUAAAUCAAAUAAGCUGGUAUUUAGCUAAUUGUGAACCUGCUAUAAUAAGAUGUAAAUCAAAUAAAUUGGUAUUUAGCUAAUUGUGAACUUGCUAUAAUGAUUGAGAUCAAAGUUUAUGUACUGAUGUCAAACUGUAGUGUAACUUUUCAAAGAUUUGCAGUUUGCAACUGUCGAGAAAUCUUCCGAAAACAACUAUCACAAAUUAAGUUUAUUUUAUUAGUUAUUAACUUUGUGUAACUUUAGUAGGCCCACUGUAUGAUAUUUUAAAUUGUAUAAAAUCAGUGUUUAUUGAAUUUUUAUGUUUAUUGAUUCCAAAUUAAAUAAAGACUAUUUUUAUGUUUUGUGUUCAAGUUCAAAUACAGCUAUGUUGUAAACAAAAAUCGCUUUACAACAAAAUUUUAAUUGAUCUGUUGUUGUAUUAUCUUCUAUGUCAAAAGCCGGUGUAAUAAGAAAAGUGUUCAAUAUCAGCUUCGGACUACUUAUUGCCUACCUGAGCAUACCAGUUGUGCAAAACCUUCUCUCAACACGCCAGGCCAUGAAUACGUCGUUUGAUCCACUCCGGCUAGUAAACACCUAUGGAGCAUUUGGCAGGUUUGUGUGAAUUAGGCCAGCCAUACAAUUUGCACAUUAAGUUCCGGUACUAAUUUAAGGUACCCCUGUUUGAUGGCCUAGGUCGCCAAGAGCCUACUCAAGAAUCUUCAGAUGAAAUCUUGUGAUCGAUUACUGGUAGUUCUUUGUGAAGUUUAAGUUGAUUAACCAUAUUCCAAAGGUGUUGGUUGGCCCUAUUCCGUCGGUUGGCCCUACUCAGGCGGUUAGCCCUACUGAGAUUGUUGGUCCUACUCAAACGGUUGGUCCUACGUCAAUAUGGUUAACUCUGUGUUUUGCUUCUUCAGUUUGAUGGGAGACCAGCUAUGUUGUUUUCUUUAUUACCAAGCUACCACAGCAGCAGUAUGUUGUAGAUGACUAUUUCUUUGAACUUUGGCCUGUUUUUUUUUUUAUUUUGGUUACAUUUGAUGGUUUGGAUUUUUCAUACCCUUUUCCGAGUUGAUGUAUUCCAAGAAAUUUUCUAGUUUUAAAUUCUGAUAAAUCAAAGUGGACACACAAUACCACUUCUCUGAUAAUACUUCUGAGGACUUAACCUGCAAUAGAAAUACUUUAAUUUAUUAUAUUUUGUCACAUAUUAAAUUAUCACUUUUCUCUUCUGGUCCUGUCCAGCAUUACCAAGAAAAGGACAGAGGUAAUCUUCCAAGGAACUAACAGCUCCAAUCCUGAUUCGCCUGCUGCUGUCUGGGAGGAGUACCAGUUCAAUUGCAAACCAGGGGACGUAAGCCGCACACCUUGUGUCAUCUCCCCUUAUCACUACAGAUUAGAUUGGCUUAUGUGGUUUGCUGCAUUUCAAGUGAGUGAACUCAUUUCUUUAAAAAUUUUGUUUCUCUUUUACCUGUUUCCUCCUUUUUGCCCUAUUUUUUUUUUCUUUCACAUUUUAAAAACCAAAUUUCUGUUGUUUUCGUUAACUAGAACUAUAACCACAAUCCGUGGCUGGUGCACCUGGCUGCCAAGUUUCUUGUCAAUGAUGAAAAGACAGAAUCAUUAAUAGCCUACAAUCCCUUUCAUGGCCGACCUCCUCCAAAGUAAGUUAUUUAUUAGUGUUUUUUAUCAAGCAUUCACGUAGCAGGUUUAUUAAGAUACAAUAAGGUAUUUUUAUUGAUCCAAAUAAAUGGAAAUUUGAUUUUUUUUCAUUCAUCGUACCCAGUACAAAUUUUUUUCAGUCUUGCUAUUCCUUGUUUGAGUUUUUCGUUAUUCCUUAAAAUUAGUCUAUAUCAAGACUUCUGUUGAAUAUUUGUGCUGUAUGAAUAACUUUUGAGCACCUGAGUAUUAAAUAUUAAUGUUGAAUUUCUCAAUGUUUAAAGUCUUUGUGCAAAUUCUUUUAGCAAAAUACGGGACUUCUAUUCUUAAUCCAUUUAAUAACCAUCUUUACCUACACCAAACAGGGCGAAUUUGCAAAAUGUUUUGUGGCAUUCAAAGGAGUAACACAAUGCAAAAAAUAUUACCCACUGAGCUUCAGCUACAGGAAUAAUUUUUUUUUUAAAUUUAAUAAAUGAAUACGUUGAUGGUCCAUUUGAUUGAGAUUCUGGGCCAGAUCAUGUUUUGUAUCAGUCAACAUCAGAAUCUGAUUUGUAAAUAUGAGGGAUUAACAAUAGCCACACUAAAUUUUAGAUGAACCUCUUUGAUUAUUUUGAUAACAAAAUAUGCCGGAGGGUCUAAAUUCAUUGCUUGAUCUAAGCACUCUUGAAAGUUUACAUUGAAAGUGUAAAAUUAGAUUUUUAAUAAGCGGAUAGAUUUGUGUUUGUGUGUGUGCAAAGCGUCAUCACUCAAAUUGAAUUGCUUCUUUUUGUUAACUUAAAACUUAGUGAGUUAAUGUAAAGCAUUUAGUCUGUUUCAUGUAAAAAAAUAUAUAUAUCUAUAAUUUUUUACAAUUAUUUGAUCAGGUUUGUGAGAGCUGAACACUACCGGUACGUUUUCACCAAAAUCGGCUCCCCUGAAGCUAAAAGUGGACACUGGUGGAAGAGAAAAAGAAUAGGUUCCUACCUGCCACCUGUGUCACUUCAUGUGCUGUCCUCAACCUUGGCACAGAUGGGAUGGGCUGUGCCCAAAUUCACCAAAGGAUAAUUAUCCUAUCACUUAUCAACCAUAAACAUUUGAUAUGUUUGACUUUGAAGGGAUGAAGUUGUUGGCCAUGGUAUUGUACAAUCAUGCAAACUGUCUAAGUACAAGGAUCUGAAAUGUGUUCAAAGACCUCAACAGAUUAUUUUCUCUUUGCUGUUUUAUUUUAUGAGGCAUCUGUUUGAUUAAGGGAAACUUCAAGUAACAUUUCUGAUUUUGACAUUUAGAGGAUCCUUCCAAUGAAAGGAAAAUUAACAGGUGUGGCUGAUGGGGAGUCAAGCUUAAAGGCCAGCAUUUGUUGUGUGAUGGCCAUGCUUGUAAUGUCAUCUAAUUUAUCAUUUUAACAAUCAGGCUUUUAAAGUACAGAUAAAUUGUACUGUGAUCAUAGCAGGUGAAAGCGCUAUACAAUAAUUGAAAUUAUCUUGUAUUCUGAUUGGCAUAGAACAGUGUGUGUACACUUGGCUUCCUAAUUUAUUUGUUUAUUAUAUUUCUCUCCGAAAAUCAGUAUUCACCUAAGCAAAAUUCUGCUUCAUUUUUCUGUAGUUUUAUAAAAGUUUUAAUUAGUUUUAAUAGGUUUUAACUUGUUCAUUCCUUUACUACAGAAUGUGUUAUUUUCAAUUUGACAACAUGCAUACAUUUAAUUGACCCAGGGAUGAAAUAUACUCUUUUAAAUUGGUUAGAGGAAGAAAUUGUUCAAAUAAUAGCUGCAGAACAGUCAACUUGUUUUAAAAGUGUCCUUUAAAGAAAUUUUAAUACCGGUAUUAAUAUCCAUUGAGUCUCAGGUCUUGUAACUUUUCAUGCAUAAUUGAUGAUUGAAAUGAUCAUAUAGAACAGUAUAAAUGGCAACUAAUUGAUAUUUUACCAAAAUUAUAAGUAGUGUUACUUUUUUUUUUAAAAAAUAAAAAAAAAAAAAAAAAAAAACAAAUUUAAUAUUUAUUCCACAAGGCAAAUGCAUCUCCAUUUUCCGGACUCGGUUUGGUAAUAAAUUACGGUGCUGUAGGUACAUUGGAAGUUUCUUGAUGUCUUUAAUAACAUUGUUAAUAAAUGUUAAUUGAAUAAAAGAAAAUUUCUGAAAACAA